GAGCGGCCGCCGCUGGCUCCCGAAGGGCUCCAGGGGUGCUGUCCCAGCCCUUGGCCUCGCUGGAGAUGCGGAGCAGGGUGUUGGGUCUCUCUCGGUGCAGAGGCCAUGAAGAUCAACCAGAACACGGUGCUGCAAGGACAGAGGGUGACCCUGGUGCCAUACACUUCUGCACACGUGCCCCGGUACCACGAGUGGAUGCAGUCUGAGGAGCUGCAGCGCCUGACCGCCUCUGAACCACUCAGCCUGGAGCAGGAGUAUGAGAUGCAGCGCAGCUGGCAGGACGACGCAGACAAGUGCACCUUCAUUGUGUUGGACACGGAGCGGUGGUCCGGGCAGGCGUGUGCGGAUGAGGACUGCAUGGUGGGGGACGUGAAUCUCUUCCUCACUGACACUGAGGAUCCGACGUUGGGCGAGAUUGAAAUUAUGAUUGCAGAGCCCAGCUACCGAGGCAGAGGGUUUGGCAAGGAGGCAACUCUGAUGAUGAUGUCCUAUGGAGUGAGAAACCUGGGGAUCACCACGUUUGAGGCUAAGAUUGGUCAGGAAAAUGAAGCCAGUAUCUGCAUGUUCAAAAAGCUUCAUUUUAAGGAGGUUGCUGUGAACAGCGUUUUCCAGGAGGUGACGCUGAGGCUGGAUGUCAGCGACCAGGAGAGACGGUGGCUCCUGGAACAGACAGACCACGUGGAGGAGAAGAGCUACGUUGAACUGAAGCUGCCAGCUGGGGUGCUGGAGACCUGACAGACACAUCCAGACACGGGCCUGGUUUCCAGGGCGGAGUUGGACGCUGUUGGGAGGUCUGGGUGUGGAGGACACUGGUGAGCCAACACUGCACUUGACUUUUCAUCUGUCUCCUUCAGCUACUUUGUCAUCUUGUCAACUUUGCACCUUGUUGCACCGGCCAGGAAUACUGCCUGAAAUUUGGACCUGGAGAACAGCCACUAAUUCACAGGCUUGACUAGGAAUGACUAUAACCUUAACAUGCUGUUCCAGCAGAGCCUGAAAUCACCGGCAGUUAAUUUGAUUCCUGGUGCGACCAGUUUCUGGACAAGCAGCAUCCCCCGUUCCUUCUUCCACUGCCCUUAGAGCAAGAUUCAUCAGCUCGACAGAGGUAGUCUCAGUGCGCUGGUAGCUCAGUCUGUUUUCUCUUGAAUAAAAAAAUCU